CAAAGCAUUAUGGGAUACUGGCGUACACAACAACGGACCUACUGUGAUGGCGACCAACAUUGAGCAGAUUUUCAGGGAUUUUGUUAUGAAUAAGAUUAAAGAAAUUGCAGAUGAAUCUGAAGAUAACAGUCAUACAGAAGAGCCUCAAUCUAAACCUGUCACAGAAUCAAAACAGGAUGGACUUGAAACAGGACAGAUGAACAUAUCAACAGAUAAAGUCAUGCUCACUGACCCGCUGGAUGACCGCGGUACAGAGGAUAACACCACAAAACACAGGAAAAACAAGAAGCACAAAAAACACAAAAGUAAAAAGAAGAAGAAAAAACGCAAGGAAGGAAAAGACAGCAGCACAGAGACGCAGUCCGACAGAGAAAUUCAAGACGGUGGGAAGAAAAAGAAAAGAAAGAAAAAGAAGAAAUACAGAGAUGCUGACAAAGUAAAGCGGUCUCGCUCGAGGUCCGAAAGCUCUUCUGCAUCUGCGUCAGAAUCCGAGUCAAAACCUUCCAGUGAAAAUGCUAAGACCUCGAAAUCAGAGCUCAACAGUAAACCUGGUCUGGGUACAUCUCCGUUACCUGACAUUAUUCCCAUGAUAGAAAUUUCCAUCCACAACAAUGCCAAGGACAAGAAAAGAAGCUCCAGUAUGUCAUCUAAAAAAGAUGAAAAGCGAACCAGAUCAAGAUCACCCAAGACAAGACACAGAUCAAGAUCCAGAUCUUCUAAACGACAUCGCCGAUCAAAGUCAACAUCCAAAUCUAGAAAGAGGCCUCAUCAGCGAAGAGAGAAAAGUAGAUCUCCUUCUGGGAAACGUAAGAAACGAUCCCGGUCCCGUUCGGUCAGAAGAAGCUCCAGGUCGCGCUCUAGACGAAGCAGAUCAAGAUCAAGGAAGAACAGAAGAUCUGCAUCAAAGUCUCGAUCCAGGAGUAAGACUAAAUGUUCAAAAUCGCGAUCCAGAUCAAAAUCGAAGUCUGUUUUAAAAGAAACACAAAAGGAAGCUGAACCAGUUGAGAAUGAGAAAGUUCAAAUAGUUGAAAAUUCUGAAGUGCAAACAGAAGAAACAACAGAGAAAAGUCCGUCAGUGGCUGUAAACUUAGACACCAAGUUGCCUGAGACUGUCACGGAUGGCUUAAAUUCUAAUCUUAAUGCGGUUGUUGUCAAAGGAUCUUGGCGACCGGUUCCCUUUUUAGUACAAAGUAGAGAUGUGCCAGAGUGCCAAUCUUCUCAGAAGUGCAUUACGCCUGAGGUGCCUUUGGAAGUGCUCGAUGUAUCUGCAGAACCCUCAACAGGUGCAUGUAAAGAUUCAGAGGAUAGCAUCAACCCUGACGAGAAAGACACCACACCAGAUAUACAGAUCGCUACACAGAGAGAUUCAAAGUCACCAUCCAAGUCUCCCAGCCAACAAAGAUCAACAAAAUCCAAAUUACCUGCGAGAUCUAGAUCAAAGUCAUCUUCACAGCACGAGGACAAGAAGUCCAAGUCCAGAUCACCCUCAGAAAGAAAGAAAAAGUCCAAAGCAAAGCACAAACGGUCUAAGUCGAGGUCACCAAAAAGGAAAAGGUCAAGGUCUCGAUCAUCAGGCCGACGCAGGAGAUCCAGAACUCCAGACAGAAGCAAACGAUCUAAAUCAAGGCGGAAGUCGCGCUCUCGUUCGAGGAGGAGGUCUGGAUCCGGCUCGGGCUGGAGAAGAGGUUUCGGGAGUCGAACUUUAAAUCAGAGGGACAGAUGGAGACGGGAACCAAGCCGUUCUCCUGUUCUCAUUCUCCGGAAGAAGAGAUCGACGUCCAGAAAUCGCCGUAGCACCAGCAAGACGCCUCCACGUCUGACAGAGCUCGAUAAGGAACAGCUGUUGGAAAUAGCUAAAGCUAACGCCGCGGCUAUGUGUACCAAGGCGGGGGUGCCCAUUCCUGAGAGCCUCAGACCCAAAACUAUCCUCCAACUACCCUUGUCAGGUCCAAACUCUUCAUCUUUGUCCCUACCGUUGUCUGGGAGUCUCAUGACUAUGAACGCUGCUAUGGCUAGCAUGACUGCGGCCACUAUGAGUGCUGCUCUGUCCAGUUUUGGUGCUCUGGCUUCACUGUCACACAUGGCUCCAUUACCCACAAUCGUCAACAAGCCACCUGCGUCAUCAGCACCUAAUAGUCAACACCUAGCCAGUAUUGAGGAGGCCAAAAGGAAAGUAACAAAACAGGCUAACAGCUUCAGCAUCAAAGAGCUGACAGAGAGAUGCAAGAAGAUCGUUGAGAGCAAGGAGGAGAUGGCCAUUGCAAAACCACAUGUGUCAGAUGAUGAAGAUGAUGAGCAGGGGUUUGGGACAUCGUCCCUUAAGGAGACUAAGGGCAUUGCUUUCAGUCUUGGUAAUACCUCACUAAAGCCAGGCGUCCGAGCUGAAGCUGCAUUUGCUAAGGAGUUCCCGGUGUCUUCAGGCUCACAGCACAGGAAGAAGGAGGCUGAUGGUGCCUAUGGUGAAUGGGUGCCAGUCGAAAAGAAGACAGAAAAGCCGCCUGCCUCAGGUCCUGCUGUGACCGAGGAACCCACCAAGAGCAAUGACAGUGUCUUUCCUGAAGCACCUUCUCAGCCAGUGGACAUCACGUUGGCUGUCAGUGAGCGCGCUGUGGCCCAGAAGAGGCUGGCGGAGAACCCUUUCGACAUCAACGCCAUGUGUAUGCUCAGCCGGGCUCAGGAGCAAGUGGAUGCAUGGGCCCAGUCCAACACUAUUCCAGGUCUCUUCACAGGCUCGACAGGUGCUACGGUGCUCUCGUCCGAAGAGCUGUCUAACAGCGGUCCACAGGCUUGGAUUAAGAAGCAGAUGCUUUUCUGGAUGGGCACCUCACUAUUCUCAUCAAUAAAGUGUCUUAUGAGAGGGUGACAUGGAGGAGCGUGUGAAGUAAGUCCUCUGACCUCAUCAGGCAAAUUGAAAAAGUCCCAAUGUACAAUUUCGACUCUCAAAUCUGAUUGGAUGAGCCACUUUCAAAGCACCUGUUACUACAUAUUUGAAUUCUGUAUUAAUGUGCCAUGUUUGGCAACUAUAAAAAGCUUUCAGUUAGGCUAACAAGCUAUUUUACUCUUUUAAAGUUGGUAAUAAAUGUAAUUAUAUGUUGAACAUUGCUUAGGGGGAUUUUAGGCACUCCAGUAAAAUCAAUGUAACACAUGGCCUCUCAUGACUUAGUGCUUCAAAAUCCUCUUUUAUGCACAAUGUACACAGCUUAGAAACCUUUAAACCAGACAUGCACACUUAUGUUUCGUAUUAAGAAACGUAUUGUCCUAAAGGCUUUGGAUGCUAACCACUGUAUAAUCCCACCCUAUAAAUAGUGGCAAAAUACCAUGACCUCAUUUGAAACGGUCCACAAAAAAUAGCAGGGUCUUUCUAUGCAACAUUUCCAAGCUAAAAGACCUCAAAUGUGGGAUAAUGAUGGAGCUCAAUGUGUGGGUCCCAAAUUGUUCAAAUUCUACAUAGGGUGACUUGCUUGAUGAUGCACUUAAAGGUGACCAAGUAAGUCCCAGUUUUCUGUCCAAAAAUCAUAUUAUGUGAUGAAUUCCAGGUGAACUUUCCAACAAAUAUUUGACCUCAAUCAAAACAAUCUUGCUUCCAUUGGGAUCAGAAAGGAUUCAGUGGGAUUUGGCAUCCAUUGCCAGUGGCUACAAGGUUCCAAAGCUCAAGCUUGUUUCUGUGCCCGUGGAGCUGGUGGGGUGUAUGGGGUUGGGUCACAGAUGGAAGAGGGGUGGGGGCUCACAGUCUGACCUGUGAACUCUCACCCCUCUGUAUGGAAACUUGUUGCAGGGUCAGUCCUUGUAGCUGCCUUGUUGCCAUGGUCACAGUCAGGCCCCUUCUAUUCACGUCAGAUGCUCGGGGGCCGAUGAUGGGGGCCUAGGUACGUACGUCAUCCAGCACCCUUCCUUCAAUUCAUGUGGAUUUGUGUGAACUGAUGAUUUCUACUAUAUGCUCCUGUGUGUUUCAACUGAACCGGCUCAGAACCUGAGUUCUGUUCAGGAUGGUAUCGGCCCAUUGAAGGGCUGCAACUUAAAGUACUCAUGUCUUACCUACAAAUGUAAAAUUAAUUAUUCUAGUUUAGUCCUUUAGACUGCUUUAGGUGAGAAUAGAAAAGACUCUACCUUUAAACUGUUCAGGUAAAUUCUGAAGGCUGCUAAGUUAUAAAUCUAGUAGAUGACAAGACUUGUCCGUACUUGAUAUGCAGCUCCAAUUGAAUUGACGUGAUUUGAAGUGACGUGACCGUUUCGACAAUAAACAAAUCUCUCACGAGUUUCCCGUUUCUUUCCGUUUGCUUCCUCCUCUUUCUCUCUCUGUGCUUCUGUCUGUUCGGCUGCAUUCAGGAUCAAUUCCUGCGGGCAGCACCUGUCUCGGGUGGGA